UCUCAGCCGAGUGUUCUUCUCCAACACUGCUGUCAUUUACAAGAAGAUCAAGGUACAAAGAAGACGGGAAGAUCAUUUAAAAGUGUAACGCUCACUGCAUGCCACUGCUGGAUGUGUAUUGCUCUUCAUUGUGUGUAUGUCUGUGGAGCUCAUCGGAUCUCGAGCGCAGGUGGCGGAUCAUUUACCGCAUUGAUCAGUUGAGCCGCGGAGAUCAGCAUCAGCAUCACUGAUUAUCGGUGUUAGAGUUUGUUCAGUGUAGUGAGCCGUACAGAAGCUUCCUGUCUGGAUCUCUGCCACCCUUCACCCCCCAGUUCUCCUCUGCCACAGUCCAGCACUCCACCAUCAUCACAGAUUUGACUCUUGAGACCAGCCAGCUCAGAUCAAGAUCCCACGGGGACUGAGACCCAUUGAGCACUUGUGCCCCAUCCAGCCCCCCCAGAGCCCCUCUAGGCACACAGGCACAGCCGCACUGUAGGACUGGCUGCUAGUCAUGAGUGAAUUCUGGUUGUGCUUCAACUGCUGUAUCGCCGAGCAGCCGCAACCGAAGAGGCGGAGACGUAUAGAUCGGAGUAUGAUCGGCGAGCCCACCAAUUUUGUCCACACAGCGCACGUAGGGUCUGGAGAUCUCUUCAGUGGCAUGAACUCUGUGAACUCAAUUCAGAAUCAAAUGCAGUCAAAGGGCGGGUACGGAGGAGAGGCCAUGCCUGUUAAUGUACAAAUGCAGUUGGUGGAUACAAAAGCAGGAUAAUUUGUUCUUGGAAGGGGUUCUGUGAUGUCACCGGUACCCCUCCAGCAUCUCUCCAUGUGCCCUCAGUGGAGACUUCACACCUCAAAAAACAGGACAGUUGCAAAUGGUAAAGAGGUUGUCCUGACUGUCAGACAGCAGGACCCCACAGCACUUCAAUGUUGUGUCUGACACUGCUCCAUAACAGAUGCUCGCAUGCCCCUCAAUACCCACCGGACUAGAUGUGCAAAGUGUGUUUCACUGCAUCCUCUGUUGUUUGCCAUCAACAGUUGCUCUUUCAUUGCGCAAAAAAUGUGGGUCUGGAACCAGUAGGAACAAUUAUUUUGGUUUGGUUCUGUUUUGUUUCCUCAUUUUGCCAUGAAAAGACUGCUUUGUAAUUUUAGUUUAAUAAUCAGUGUGGAGCUGACAACAGUGUUUGUAUAGAAGUGGCUAGCUACGCACAUGGGGUGCCAAACUGCUCAGUGCAAUGAAAUGACAAGAAGUACUUUCUGAUUUAAUGCGGACACAACGAAUGCCAUUUUUUUAUUAAGGAAAUGUGAUUGUUACCUUGCUGUUUACAAUGUUCCAAUUGCAAUCCUUGUUUUUUUCUGUUCUUGUGGUGAUGACUGCUGUGUCAAUGUUCGUACGUAACUUGAUGUAAAGAGACUCAAGCUAUAGAUACUGUAAAGAUAAUGUGUAAAAAAGACAAUUUAGUUUAGUUGUUCUAAAAGCUCUUUAUUGAUGUAUCUUCAAUUACGUGGGCAUUCAAUAAAUAAGGUAACAAGGCAUGUUAUUUAAGUAACCUAAUUACCUAUUUAAUCAAAAUAUCCCACCAUGUCUGAUUAGGUAGAGCGCUGCUUCCUCUCAAGGCCACACGACAGCACCACCUAUUGGACACAAUGUCCAGUUUCAAGAUGGCUAGACUCGUGAAAACUUGUUAAGAUGUUGAUUAAGUAUCAUAUAACGAAAAUGAAAAAUAGGCAGUCAUGUUACCUUAUUUAUUUCAAGGCCCCUAUAUGUCUUGUACUUAAACCUGGGGCCAUUCCACUCACUCUUGUCUACAGUUAUUGUAGCUUUGUUCAGUGGUUGUUUUUGAAUGUCUUCAUUCCCCCAGAAAGCAUGGCCAGCUUUAAGGGGGAAACUUCUGAUGCCCCUGUCUUGUCUGACAGCAUCAAGGAGCACUCCGCCCCCAGACUGACAGCAAAACGAUCAAUGUUUUAUAAAGUGCAAUAGCAUUUUAGUUGUUCUGUAUAUUGUGCUAUUCAGAGCCUGCAAUGUCAUUGUGAAUAAUAGCCAGAACAAAAUGUAGAAAUGUAAAAUCUUCAAAUAAUGACUUUUGUAUUUGAGAUAACUGCAAGUAAAUUACCAUGUAGGAUUUAAGAUAGAAUGCUAAAUGUAUUUGUGCUUAGGCCCAUUUAAACAUUUGUCUGUUUUUAAGUGCUUUAUGUUUGCAUAUACUUGCACUGUGUUUGUCAUGACCUACCCUUAAAGGGAUAGUUCACCAAAAAAUGAACAUACUCUCAUCAUUUUCUCACCCUGAUGCCAUCCCAGAUGUGUAUGACUUUCUUUCUUCUGCAGAACACAAAUGAAGAUUUUUAGAAAAAUAUCUCAGCUCUGUAGGUACAAGCAAAGCAAAUGAAUGGUGACCAGAACUCAAAAGGUCCAAAAAUUACAUAAAGGAAACAUAAAAGUAAUCCAUAUGACUCCAGUGUUUAAAUUAAGUCCCAAGUCAUUUUUACUCUAAAUCUCCACUUUCACAUUUACUUUCAGAUGUGAAAAUGAAACUAAACAGGCACCACAUGUGACUUUCAGAUGUAAAAGUGAAAGUGGAGAUUUUGAGUAAAAAAGGAUUUCAAUUUUGAUCUGUUUCUCACCCACACCUAUUAUAAUGCUUCUGAAGAUAUGGAUUUAACCACUGGAGCUGUACGGAUUACUUCUAUGUUUCUUUAUGUGAUUUUUGGAGCUACAAAAUUCUGGUCACCAUUCACUUGGAUUGUAUGGACCUACAGAGCUGAGAUAUUCUUCAAAAAACUUUG